AGCCCAGGCACAUCUGAGGUUUACGAAGACCCGUUCGCUCCACGUUUAAGAAUUUGAACUCAAAGCUGAGGGCUACCUGCAAAAAUGUGCAAAGGACUUGCAGCUUUGCCCCAUUCAUGCCUGGAAAGGGCCAAGGAGAUUAAGAUCAAGUUGGGAACUCUGCUCCAGAAACCAGACUCGGCUGUUGACCUUGUCAUUCCGUACAAUGAGAAACCGGAGAAACCAGCCAAGACCCACAAGCCUUCGCUGGAGGAGGCGCUGCAGUGGCGUGACUCCCUGGACAAGCUCCUGCAGAACAACUAUGGACUUGCCAGCUUCCGAAGCUUCCUGAAGUCUGAAUUCAGCGAGGAGAACCUCGAGUUCUGGAUCGCCUGCGAGGACUACAAGAAGACCAAGUCCCCCGCCAAGAUGGCUGAGAAGGCCAAGAAAAUCUAUGACGAAUUCAUCCAGACGGAGGCUCCUAAAGAGGUGAAUAUCGAUCACGUCACCAAGGACAUCACGGCGAGGAACCUGGGGCGCCCGAGCCCGAGCAGCUUCGACCUGGCGCAGAGGCGCGUGCACGCGCUGAUGGAGAAGGACAGCCUGCCGCGUUUCCUGCGCUCCGCCCGCUACCGGCAGCUGCUGCAGUAGCCGCGAGCGCGCCAUCCUCACGCCAGCUGGACCCCAUGAACAAGACACGAGCACGAGUACAUUAGUCUGUCCGAGCACAAUAUUGAUGCCUCUGUACACCCCUGCACCCCCCCAUAAAGUCCUAAAUUCCGUGUUGCACCCUG